AUGAUCCUUCCAACCUGGGGCAUGUGGCCGAACGAUGCCGGUCAAGUGCGCAGAGACCGAAAUAUGAACCGCAACUCCUACCAUCCAGAGAGUCAGCCCAAACAUGCCUUCAAGACGAACCUAAAUUUGGAUAAAUGUGGCAAGAACCUACAUGCGUAUGAUUUAGUGGAGAUCUUGGCAAAGAAAGAAGACCUCAACAGUAGCAUGUUGCAGGUGAUAAGAGAGAGGAAUGUAAAUCCGGAUGAUGUACAGACGGUAUUAAAUAACCACGGAAAUAUUUUCCACAUCAAGAGCGAUAGGUUUUGCCUUAAGCCUAGGUUAAAACUAUGCGCUGGACAUUCGAGUAACAACGGAUGCAAGAAUAAGACAGAUUGUGUCGGAUUGCACAUCUGUCAGAAUUUCCUGGAAGGGAUUUGCAAGUACAAAGUCUGUAAUUUGGGUCACAAGUUAGCAACAGGACAUAACAAGAAAGUUCUUGGGAACCUCUUCCUUGACCGACUCGGGGAUGAUACUUUGCUAAGAGUGCUCUCCAAAAGUCUUCCGAAGAGUACCAGCAAUUCCCAAAAGGGAAGUGGAGAUCAGAGAACAAGACACAGCUCUCCAAAUCGGGCGUUUCUCGAGACUAGUGAAUCUGAUGCUUAUUCUCUUAAUGGAGAUGAUUGCUGUGAUCAUUUCUGUGGAAGAAGUAAACGGAAGAAGCCUUCUCCAAUCAAGAAGAAAAAGCAAAUACAGACUGUAUGGUCCACAGAUUCUAACGGAGACGUAGAGAUCCCAGAAAUCUGCUACAAUUCUGUUGAAAGCUCAUGUCCUAGACAAGAUGAAGGCUGUGAGAAACUUCAUUCGUUUCAACAUUUCUACUGGCAGAUUAGCAAAGACAACAGCAAGUGGUUCAACCUGCCUCCUAAGCUUGUCUUGUGUUUGGAAAAGUCCUACUGCGAUGUCUCUCAAGAUGGUGUUACUCUACCUAGGCUGAAAGGGGUUGAUCUUCAAUCAGUCCAUAUAGACGCCGUGAAAAUCCUUUCCCGAGAUGAAUGGACGUCAGACUUUCAUUCAAUGACUCUUAAGAAUUCCAAUCACAAAGUUCAACUUCAUCUUCGCAGGCUGUGCUCAGAGAAGACUGACAGCGCGAAUGUGAAAGCAAAUACUUUUUGUUGGUAUUUCAGGGACGAUAACGAUAAGUGGAUUUCCUAUGACAAUAGUGAAGAACAAGGACAAUGCAACACAGCUACCUCAGAAAACAUAGAAAAAUACUAUUUGGCUAAACCUAGCACUCCUUUCAAUUUAAAAAAACAAAGGUUCAACUACAUGCUUGACUUUCAGAAAAUGUGCCAAAUAAAUGUAGGCACCAGCACAAGACGUGAAAUAAGGAGGCGUCCUCUAGUACAUCUGCAGGAAACUCCAGAUCGAUCUUUCUUACCAGAAGAUUGGCAAGAUAUGCAACCCAAGGAACGCAUGCGCCUUGUGGAUUUAGACCCAAAAUCUGAUGAGUAUAAAAAAGUUGUCAACCUCUUGAAAGACGACACUUACAAGGCUAAAGUCCAAAAAAUUCAGCGGAAUCAGAAUCUACACUUAUGGAAAGCUUUUCAGCUUAGGAAGGAGGAUAUGAUCACCCAGUAUGGAGAUGAAGCCAGCGUGAAAAUGACAGACCUGUUCCAUGGCACUAACCCUGACAUCGUAAGCAAUAUCUGUAAAGAGAACUUUGACUUCCGGCUGCAUGGCGAAAGGACAGGGCACAUCUGGGGAAAAGGUUUAUAUUUUGGUAAUGAUAUUACCUACUGCUACAAUAACUGUAGUCAUGACACAGCGGGAUUAAAAUACUUGUUUGUUGCUAAGGUUCUGGUAGGAACCAUAACAGUUGGUGCUAAAGAUUUAAGAAGGCCUCCUUUGAACCCGGCAACAAACGAGCUCUUUGACACAACUGUGGAUAAUGAGACACAACCAACCAUUUUUGUAAAGUAUGAUAAACAAGAAUACUACCCAUAUUAUCUUAUAAAGAUGUUAUAAAUUAUUAGCUCUGUUAAUCUUGUAAUUACUACAUAGGGCAUUUUUUCGGUACUAACAGUUAAACGUCAUUGUUCCCUCUGUCCAGGAGUUUCGUUUAUUUGUUCGUCGAUUAGCAGGAUAAGAAAUUAUGAUUUUUUUACCAAAGGAAAAAGGUCAGCCCAACUUCGAUACCAUUAGAGCUUGGGCGAUCCAGAUCCGGAUUUUUUUUUCUAUUAUUGCAUCAAUUACUCUUAUUGCCAUGGCAAUAGCGGAAGCUGUCAUUAUCAUCAAAACCUUUAUUACAUUAUUCAUUAGCAUUGCGAGAAGGGGACAGGUUAAAAUGUUUGGUGCUAAAAUUCGCAUAAUUAUUAUCAUUACUUUUUAUUAUGUAAUUAUGCAUGUGUGAAUAUUUCCGCCAUGGCGGAGGUAUGCGCUUUCUGAUUACUUCUGGUUUUGAGUGGACUGUUAGAGAAAAUGUGAAUGUGAA